AUCUUGUCUAUGCUUUUAGCUGGUUAAGCUUCACCUCUUUUCAGAAUAUCCUUGUGUUUAUCAUGUCAUUUAUGCUGUUAUUAGUUACGUAGAAGGUGCUCUUUACCAGUGUCAGUCACUAAAAUUAGGUUAUUUAAAAUAAUAAAUAGUAAUGGAUCAUAAAGACGAGGAAGCAACAGCGGAGGCUUCUCAAACUUCCUCGAACGCGAAUGAUUUAUUAAUAAAGACAGAUAAUAAGGAUACUUUGGAAGACCGCUACAAUAAGCUUCGAGGACUUGCGAUUAAGCUUAAAAAAAAAGUAUCUGUCUUGACUGAUCAAUUAGCUAAAUCUGAAAGUGAUAAAAGUAUAAUAAAUACAGAAAAAGAGGAAUUGCAGAAUAAAAUUAUUCAAAUCUCAGAUAAUGCAAAGAAAAUACAGACAAUCCAAUCCGAGUAUGACAAAUUGCAAGAUGAUAUAGAAAAGCAAAAGACUGAGAAUAAAAAAUUAGUGAAAAAUUUGGAAACUACUAUCAGUGAAAACUUGACUCUAAAAGAGUCUUUGUAUGAAAAUGAAGAACACAUACAACGUUUAACAUCAGAAGUUGAAUGUUUAUCGAAAAAGAAUGUUAAAAUGACAGCAGCCCUUAAGCGAAAUCAAGAAUUAAUUAAAGAAAUGCAAGAUGAGAAGAGGGCUGAAUCUGUUAUAAAGGAACAGCAGGUCAAGGACUAUGAGAAAAUCAAACAUUCCUUAAGUAUGGAAAUAGAAGCUCACAAAGCUACACAGAUUAAGCUAGAUGCUAUUCAGCACGAAUGUAAUUCUAACAGUGUUCUUUCCUUAGAAGUACAAAAUUAUGAGAAAAGCAUUGAAGAUAUGAAGAUGAAGCUAACUGAUGAAAUUUCAAAACGUUCUACUUUAGAGAAGGAAGUAAAUGCACAGACAAAAACAAUUUCUGAAUUAAACCAGCAAAUUAUUGAAUUAAGGGAUGCUUGUUUAUCCAAAACAAAUCAAAUAACAAUACUUGGAGAGAAGAAUGAACGAAUAAAACAAGAACUGUGCGAAGUAAAACGUGACAUUCUUGUGGCAGAUAAGAAAAUAAAUAAUCUUCUAAAAGAACUAGAAGUACUGAAUCAAGACAAAAAUGAGUUAAUGAAUAGAAUUGAAGAAAUCACUUUGACAAAAGACACACUCUGUAAGGAUUUUAAUAUGCAAAAAGAAGAGUAUACUAAGCAAAUCAAAGGUUUAGAAAUAGAAAUAUCUACAUUAAAAAUGCUAGUUGCAAGGAGUAAUGAGGAACUGGAAGCAAUACAAUCAGAAUUCAGUGGCUACAAACUCAGAGCACAGAGUGUUCUCAGAACAAAACAAAAUCAAAGUAAAGAAACUGGAAUUGGUGGCAAAAACAUUGUUGAAUUAGAGGAAGAAUUGGAACAAACAAGAAUAGAUGCUGCUGUACUCCGUGAUAAAUGUGAAAAUUACACGGAACAGUUAAAGGUUUUAACUACAGAAAUGACUGUCAUUAAAGAAGAACGGGAUAGUGCAUUUCAAGCUGAAAAAGAAUCCAUUGAAAAACUCUUAGCUGUACGAAGAGAGCUUUCUGCAAUAAUGGAACAAUUUCGAUCCAAAGAAAAUAAAAUUCAGUUGGUCCAAACAGAACACCAAGAGGAGCUUGAAAAAUUACAAAAUAUUCAUAAAAGCAAUAUGGCGGCCCUGGAAGAAAGAUAUCGACAGGAAAUUUUUGAUCUACAAUUGGAAAUGAAGCAAACUCUAAUACAACCUUUCAAGGAUGGUUCUACAACGAUAUCAAAUGUUCCUGUUGAUAAACACAACGAAGCUAAUUUUGACCACGAUUCAAACUCACGAUUAACAGGAUUUCACCUGCUAGAAAGAGAAGAUGGCGAGGGUUCGGAGAGUGUAGACUCGUAUCCCUCAGCGAUAGCCCAUGUUGAAAGAAUUCGCAAGAACUCAUUGAUGCCUUUGGACGAAUUACUAAAUUCCACGGAAGAGUACAUUUCAUCAGAUUCGCAUCUUUUAUCAGGAAUGAUAGAUAAACAAGAAUUAGAACUUUGUAACCGACGUAUUAAGCAUUUAACGGCACUUCUGGCUGAUGCAGAGAGGGAUGUAGCCAAGUUAACUCAGCUUAAUGAAGUAUUGAAAGAAGAUAUUAGAAGACAGCAACGCAGUGUAGAAAGGGAACAACAUGCAAAUAAUUUUGAAUAUUUGAAGAAUGUUGUGUUUAAGUUCGUAACUUUAAAAAAUGGAGAUGAACGCAGUCGCCUUAUACCAGUACUUAAUACUAUUCUUAAACUCAGUCCAGAGGAAACACAAAAACUCAAUGCAGUUGCAGGUGUAUCAAGAGGCUGGAUUCCUGGAAUUCCAAUACCUAGUUGGAACAAUCAUUGAUAUAUGCAGGUGUUAUCAAAGUAUUACCAAUUUUUUCUCACCACCCAUGUGAUAUAUCUAAUUUGUAAUAUAUAUUUUAUGACUAUUAGAUACUGUAAAAUUAAGUAUCGAUGCAUGAUGUUGCAUAUAAUUAUUACUAAAUAUUACUAUUUUAGAUCACAGUUGUAACAUAUGCUUCAAUAAUCAGCCAUACAAUUUCUUAUUUCAAGAAUUUUCCCCUUCGUAACUUGAAACGUUAUGUUAUAAGGCAAUGGAGUGUGUAUAAUUAAAAAACCAUUUGUUAAAGUAAUGGUAAUUAUUCUAUAAAAUAUAAAAUUUAUUCUCUGGUUUUGUGAAA